AUGACAACAACGACGGCAACGACAGCUCCCGAAGCGGCCCUGGGAGUCCUGCCGCGCGCAGAUGGGUCGGCUCGCUACUCACACGCCGGCUACACCGUCACAGCAUCAGUGAACGGGCCCAUCGAGGCCCAGCGUCGGGAUGAGCACCCUUAUGAGGCACAUGUCGACGUGAUCGUACGACCGGCCGCAGGGGUGGGAGGCACCCGCGAGCGACACCUCGAGUCCAUCCUGCAGUCCUCGUUUGCCCAGAUCAUUCUGGUCAAGAGCUUUCCGCGCUCGCUUAUCCAGAUCGUCCUGCAGGUUGAGGAGUCGCCCGAGAACGAGUAUGUGAACACCAAGCUUGUUCAGGCUAGCCUGAACUUUGCCGUCAUGCCUGCCUUAUUCCAGACGGCAAUGCUGGCCCUGCUUUCGGCAGGCGUCCCCAUGAGGGCAACAGCAACAGCUACCGCCAUUGCUCUCGCCAGUGAAAACGGUGCCACCAAGACCCUGAUCGACCCGUCCCCCAGGCAGGUCGAGUUGGCCCAGUCGGUGCACGUGUUCGCCUUCACGUCGCAGGAUGAGCUGCUACUAGCCGAGAGCGAAGGGGACUUUACCAUCAAGGAGUGGGAUGCCGCCUACGAGACUGCCAAGAAUAUCUGCUGCCGGCCGUCACCCACGAUGGACGGCGUACAGAUGAUGGCGAUUGAUGACGACCGUCUCGUCGGUCCGGAUCUGCGCCAUUUCAUCCGCUCGACGAUGGAAGCCAAGGUCGCUACCGAUCUCCAUUGGAAAUCGUGA